AUGAUUCAUUUACAAACGCCAAAGAAAUCUACAUUAUUCCCACAACAAUCUAACCAACCUUACUCAUCUACCAGGGACUCAACAUUAGACAGCAGCCACAACGCUUCAUUUUCAAGUACAUCCAAUGGUGUUGGUGUUGGUGCUGGUGUUGGUGUAACAACCUCAAGUUCCAAUAUUUCUGGCGCCAAAUUUAGUUUACCACCUUUAUCUUCAAUUUUGUCAUCAGCAAAGUCAAACCAUUACAAAGACCAUCCAUUGACUAAUAUCACCAACACAACAAACGCCAACAGUAGCUCAUUAUUUGCUCAAACCCCAUGCAAGAAGUUACCAUCAAUUGAUUCAUUUACUAGUACACCCUUGGCUACAGCUACUCCAUAUGUUUAUCAACAAGCAAACACAGUGCCACACCCACAACCACACCUUCACCAUCAAACGUCUUUCCAGCAACAGUACCCGGCUCAAAGGUCUGCGUCUAGUUCACUCCCACGUCCUUCACCAACUCUUCCACCACAACCACAACACUAUCACUCUUACAUAACUUACCAGCCAGCAACAACAACAACAACAGCAUCAACAACAGUAACGCACUCAAAUGUGUCAUCCUCGACACCUACACCACCACCAUCUGCAACAACAUCACUGUUGAUGUCAUCAAGAAAAAGAUCCAGUUCAAUUGCUGAUGAAGAUACUUCAUUAAUGGAUACAAGUAUUUUAGAACUACGCAAAUCUAGAUCAAAACCAAGAGUUAAAUCAGUUUCAACAUCACCAACAACUACAUCAUUGGCAUUACCUACACCACCUACCACAGCCAGCUCUUCUGACAGAUUGUAUGCAUUUAUUUCUCAUUCACCAGCCACUUUCCCAUCUCAGGAACCAGAUAUUGACAAUGCACCACUAGCAAGAAGGAAAAGAAGAAGAACAUCACCUCAUGAAUUAAACAUAUUAAAUAAAGAAUUUGAACUUGGAUCCACUCCAAAUAAAGCCAGGCGUGUGGAAAUCGCUAAAGUGGUACACAUGACAGAAAAAGCAGUGCAAAUUUGGUUUCAAAAUAAACGUCAAGCAUUACGGAAACAAAGUAAUGUUGAAAAAGAGAUUUUGGAAUUACCACCAACUGAUGUACCUAUCCACCAACAACAUCAACAACAACUACAACAAAAGAGUCAACAUACAACAACAAGUUACCCAGUACCAGCGCAACCCCAAGAACAUGCACCAAUUGUUUCAUCAACGCCUACGAAACCUAUUAAAUCAAACGUGUCCAUUAUGAUUCAGUAA